UGGCAAUAUGAAACGCGUGAAUUCGUCCAGGCCUCCGGAUAGAUCGCCGCUGGUGACCCCUGCUGCAGAGUGCCGGUGCUUUGACGUUUUGGACACUGAGAUCUACGUCCAAGUGGCCCUUCAAACGCUGAACAACACCAUUUCCAGCACGUUUGCGAGCUCCUUUCUUGUGGUUAUCCCUGCAUAUUCAUUGCAUUUGUCUUUCUAGCAGGCUCGAUGCAAUAAUCGAGCACAAAGUCUCUGUACAUCCUUGUUGCGCCACAUCGGCCACGUUCGACGGCCGCGCAUCAGCUGUCCCUGGGAUAUGCCAACAUGUCCAGGGCCCCGACACCGUCACUACCAAUGUACCAUGCCUCCAAUGGGGGCUCGAAGUCUUCGUGCCCUAGCUCUCCGCACCUGCAACCACCGCAGGUACAGAAGCGGAGCGGUACACCUACGCCCAAGCAGUCCAUAACCGCUUCUUACUCAAUCCUAUCCCACCAAGAAACCGCGCAAAGACUCCAGACAUCAGAGACCCACGGUCUUUCCUCUUCCGAUGCCUCGGCGCGUAUACACAUCCACGGCCGCAACGAACUCCCGCACGAGGAGUCUGAGCCACUAUGGCUUCGAUUCGUAAAGCAAUUCAAAGAGACACUGAUCUUGCUACUGCUGGGCUCAGCGGCUGUGUCAUUAAUGCUGGGAAACUUGGAGGAUGCAAUCAGCAUCACAGCAGCGGUCACGAUCGUUGUUACUGUUGGGUUUGUUCAGGAGUACCGAUCUGAGAAGUCCUUGGAGGCUUUGAACUCAUUGGUACCUCACUCUGCACACAUCAUCCGAGCAGGCCGGGAGCAAUCACGCGCAAACAGCACCGCGACAGUUGGGAUCGAGUUGGACGAACUGAAGGACACAACAGCCGCGCUGGCAGCAGCUGAGAGAAAAUCUACCACCAUAUCAGCGACGCUGCUGGUACCGGGUGAUUUGGUCCUCUUCCACACCGGCGACCGUGUACCUGCAGAUAUUCGAAUCACGCACGCCGCAGACCUUUCGAUCGACGAGUCGAACCUGACAGGAGAGAACGAGCCUGUCAGCAAGACACCAGAUACAAUCGCACGACCAUCAGGAGUUCAGCGGGCACCUUCGCCUUUCUAUGCCUCUGAGGGUGCAGGAACUGUGGGCGCCGACAUCCGUCUGAACGACCAGAAGAACAUUGCGUUCAUGGGCACAUUGGUUCGCUCUGGAUAUGGGCAGGGUAUUGUUAUUGGGACAGGCGGCAACACCGAGUUUGGUGCUAUUUCAGCAUCGCUCCAGGAGAUCGAGAGCCCGCGUACUCCGCUACAGCUUUCCAUGGAUCAACUUGGGAAGGAUCUCAGCUACAUGUCGUUCGUUGUUAUCGCGUUCAUCGGUCUCGUUGGACUGUGGAGGGGUUGGAAGUUUCUCGAAGUCUUCCAGAUUGGCGUCUCACUUGCGGUUGCUGCUAUUCCCGAAGGUCUCCCAAUCAUUGUUACCGUUACGCUCGCUCUGGGAGUGCUGAGAAUGUCGAAACGAGACGCGAUUGUACGACGUCUGCCUAGCGUCGAGACAUUGGCAUCAGUCAAUGUGGUCUGCACCGACAAAACUGGUACCCUCACAACGAAUCACAUGACGGUCACGAAACUAUGGCACUUCGACGAGGCUGCCCCAGUCGACCUGAAGAAGAAGCACGAUAUAGACAACCUUGACUCUCCGACCCAGAACAUCUUCCGAAUUGGUAACAUCGUCAACAACGCCCGGCUGCUGAGCGACGAAGCUGCGUCUGCAUCGACAGCUGCAGUAUUGUCAUCGACGAUGGGUGAUGACAAUUCUCUGGCAAAGAGUCGGUGGGUCGGUCAACCUACAGAUGUCGCCCUCUUGGAUCUGCUCGAUGCCUUCUCCGAAGGCGAUGUCCGCGAAAGACUGGGCACGCGCAAGUUUGAAACCCCGUUCAGCUCUGAGAGGAAAUGGAUGGGCGUGGUCAUCAGUGGGAGCUCAGGUUCAGACGUGUCUUACAUCAAGGGUGCCAUCGAAAGGGUACUCGAUCGAUGUGCCACAUACGUCAACGCCCAAGGAAAGGAGACAAAUCUAGAUCAAUCGCGCAGACAAGAAGUCCUGAAAGCUGCCGACUCUAUGGCACAAGAAGGCCUGCGAGUACUAGGUUUUGCAAGUGGGACAGCCUACAGCAAGGGCAGCAGUGGCACAUCAACGCCAGCUGCGUCAUCAGCUUCUGCGAUGGGCGACGACGAACACUAUCGUGGACUGGUCUUUGCUGGUCUCGUGGGUAUGAGCGACCCUCCACGUAAGGGUGUGGAGAGGGCUAUUCGCCGCCUCAUGGCUGGCAAGGUCAAGGUCAUCAUGAUCACAGGAGACGCGGAGACUACUGCUGUAGCCAUCGGCAAGAGUCUGGGCAUGCCAAUAAAUCCCGACUCAGCACUUGGGCGCUCCGUCAUCCGUGGUGACGAGCUGGAUCAGAUGAGCGAAGAAGAGCUCUCUCGGGCAAUCGCGACUACUUCCAUCUUUGCACGCACCAGUCCGGAACACAAGAUGAAGAUCAUCCGUGCACUCCAAGCACGGGGCGAUGUCGUUGCCAUGACUGGCGAUGGUGUCAACGACGCACCCGCCUUGAAGAAGGCUGACAUUGGCAUCUCCAUGGGCAAACUGGGUACAGACGUCGCCAAAGAGGCUGCCGAUAUGAUUCUCACAGACGACAAUUUUGCCACGAUCCUCAACGCCAUGGAAGAAGGCAAGGGUAUCUUCUAUAACAUCCAGAACUUCCUUACAUUCCAGCUGAGCACCAGCGCGGCGGCGUUGAGCCUGGUUCUGUUGAGUACCUUUCUUGGCUUCAAGAACCCUCUCAACGCCAUGCAGAUUCUAUGGAUCAACAUCUUGAUGGACGGUCCACCGGCUCAAUCUCUUGGUGUGGAGCCAGUCGAUCCUGCCGUCAUGGCUCUGCCUCCUCGUCCACGACACGCUCGUGUACUCACGCGCAAACUCAUCCAGCGCGUUCUGCAGUCUGCGACAAUCAUCAUGCUAGGCACUCUGAUGACCUACUACCGCGAGAUGACAAUCGACAAUGAGGUCACCGCACGCGACACCACCAUGACGUUCACCUGCUUUGUCCUCUUCGACAUGUUUAACGCCCUCACCUGCCGCUCAUCCACGAAAUCAGUGCUCACUGGUGAGAUUGGCGUCUUCGAGAACAAGAUGUUCAACUACGCUGUCUCUGGAUCACUCAUUGGACAGCUGCUUGUCAUCUAUUUCCCACCACUACAACAUGUAUUCCAGACAGAGGCGCUGGGUAUUUUUGAUUUGCUGCACCUUAUCGCAGUAGCGAGCAGCGUGUUCUGGGUGGACGAGGGCAGGAAAGCAUACGUCAGGUACCAAGCAAGAAGAGGGUACGGUGGAGGGUACAGCACUGUCGUAUAAUCUGUUUGUACAAGCAUUGCAUCGAGUAGGCAUAGAAUACCAAAACAACUCGAGCAGAGCAUCUGAGUCUCUUCCGAGCCUUCUCCACAUCGCCAACGUGUGCCGCUUCAGGGGUAGUAUGGGCACGUGAGCUUCCAGAACGUCAACACGCCGAAAACGUAACUGCGCCUGUUGAGCCAGCCACGAA